GAGAGCACCAAAGACUUUUUGCAACUCAAAUUUGAAAACCAAAAUAAGGAGAAGUCCUGGAUGCUUGAAAAGGAUCAUUUGAUGUCAAAGAUUAAGCAAUACAGGGUGCAGUGUAAGAAGAAAGAAGAUAAAAUUGGAAAAGUUUGGCCAGUUCAUGAGAGUCAUUACAACCAAAAUGAAUACAUUAAGUCCCUGAAGGAAAAGCUAGUACAAGAGAAAAAGCUGUCCAGCAUGUACCAAGAGCAGUGCAUUUCCCUAGAAGAAGAACUUGCCCAAAUUCGGGAGGAGGAGGGAGUCAGGAGGGAGAUCUUUAAGGAUCGCGCCAACAAGAUGGGGAGGCGUCUACAGGUCGUGACGAAACGCUGCGAGGCCUUGGAGAAGCGACGUGUCUUGGAAGUAGAAGGCUUUAAGACAGAUAUUAAGGCUCUCAAGCGAAAACUGCAAGACUUGGAGCAGAUGCUCUGUAAGGCAACACUUAACACCCGGGCAAACCAGGAUCUUGCCGUCCUGUGUGAGGUUCGUGACAGCAACAGACGGGCACGUAAGAUACAAGGAGAACUGAAGAACCUCAAGUCCAAAGUAUUCAGCCUGGAGAACGAACUUAGACUCUGCUGAUGUUUACUUUUUAGGACUGGCACAUGUCUGGAGUAGGUCUGCUUCCUGAAAUGUGAGGAAAAGGUCACCUUCUCCCAGAAACCGUAGGCACAGAGUUGUCUAGAGUAGUGGUAUCCAUUGUUAGAAGGGCAAGGUGAAGAUCAGCUUUUUUUGCAUCCUAAGCUUUAUGAUUUUUGCUGUCCUGUUAACCUUUUCUGUGUGUUUUUUGGGGUGGGGGGGGUGGCUGGGGGUGUGAUUUGGUCUGGAUUAUAAUCUGAAUUACAGACUUUCCCACAUUAUUUCUCCCAUUUAUAAUGACAGGGUUUUUUUGUUUUUUGUUUUUUUUAAGAAGACAGUGACAAAAAAAGAAAGCAUUUUUGCUGUGAGCUUGGCUGAGUGUUAGUGGGAGGAACGCCUACCCCAGGAGAUAAAGACGCGGGUCUCAGUUUGCCUUUCUCCUGGGCAGAGGGCAAAGGCUGCAAAUCACAGCCUGUCAAAUGCGAAUAGGCCGCAGUUCUGUCAGCCCUGAGCUGUAGGGCCUGAGUUCCUUUCUGGACACCCAAUCUCAGGAAUUUUCACCAGAGGGCACCAGAGGCCCUACUCUUAAGCAAAAUGUUUGUCUAGGAGAGGAAAGGUGCCACUUCGGUAAGCAUGAGUGAAACUUCAGUGAUGCUUGUAUGAAAAUUUCAGUAUUUUACCAGUACUAUGGUUUUUUAAAAAUAAUGUAUAUAUUUUAAUGUAACUA